GCGACGCCAAGCGAGGCGGCUGCAAGUACGUCACCUCCUUCGCCGGCGCGGUGGCGCGGCUGCGCGACGCGGGCAUCACCGGCGGCACACUCUUCCUCGCCACCGACAGCGCCGCGAUCGCGGCGGCGGCAGUCUCGGGGGUGAUCGAGGGUUUCGAGGUGCUGAUGCUGCGCGAGGACCGCGCCGCCAUCGACAAGUCGCACCGCAAGAACGAGCGGCGGAGGGAGGGUGACGAGAUGCUGCACUUGCAGCUGCUCGACCUCGCACUCCUCUCCCAGGCGGACGUGCUGGCCGGCUCCUUCGCCUCAACCUUCAUCAAGGUCGCGCUGCAGCUGGGUUCGGCUCGCAUGUACGUCUCUCUCGACACCUUCCCGUGGUGCCCGCUGCUGCGCUGCUACUGGACAUGGCGCGACCUCUGCCACAACUGCGAGGUGUGCGCCAACCAAGCGGGCGGCGGCGAGGCAUGCUUUGACCGCGGGUACCACACCGCUCGCGGGUUCGAGAGGCAGACCAGAGUCGCCUCGCUGGAGCGGCGCCCCUUUGCCGCCUUUCCCUUCUACGGUUACGGGGUGGCGAGGGUGGUUUGGGCGGCGGGGGAGGAGCCGUCGCUGGCUGCGUGCGAGGCACGCUGCUGCGACGAGCCAACCUGCCACUCGGUGACGUACGACCGGAACAGCUCCGCUUGCACCGCCGGCCUGGCCAUUGCCCACGGCGAGCCGCAGCUGGCGGCGCCGACGACGGUCACCUCGCUCCGGCUGCCGGGCGGGUGGGAGGAGGAGGCGCUCGCGGCGGCGCAGCGGGUGCUCAAGGGCGCGCGCCUCUUCCGCAAGAGCUGGCGCGACCCGGCGGGGCACACGCACCCGCUCGAGCGAUCGCUCACUCCGCGGGGCUGCGGCGAGGGGAGGGGAGGGGCGAGGGGCGCCCGCUGGCGGGAGGCCGUCCCCAUCUCGGACCUGCUCGCCGACGCGAUCCCGCACUUUGACCCGCGGCCCGGAAAGGGGGCGGCGCCAACGCAGGAGCCGGCCUGCCCUGAGCCGGCCGCGGGCGGCGACGGAGCGGAGGGACGCGCUUCAAAGUAG